CCCAAAGACUCACCUUUUUCUCAGUCGACUGACAUGCCUUGUCGGUCUUUUUUGCAAACCAAUCAGUCAUUAAUUUAGAUCCCAAUAUUGCAGAAAUCUCAUAACACAAAUCCUUUGGCUACUAAAUCAAGAAAACCCAGUUUGUUGCAUUUUCCAGGCAGAUUAACUUCAAUUUCUUUGUGAAGGUUUCUCCUUAUUUUAGUUCAACCUGGAUUUCUAUUUCUAUUUUGUUCUUGUUUUUUUUAUUAUUUCCCUUUCCUUAAAGAUAAAAAAUAUCUUCAAGUUCUUUUGCUCAAAAAAAAAACCCCCAACCUUCAAAUCCCUUUGGAUUGUACUGAAGUAGUAAGAAUCUUCUCAAGAUUAAGUGUAGUUUGAUUUUGAAGUUCCCAAGUGAGAGGUAAAAGAGUGUUUGGAUUUUUUAUUUUGACGAUCAAAUUCUUGGAGUUACAACUUCUUAUUGAAGUGCUGGACUAAGUUGGAAGAAAAGCCCAUUGAUUCUCAGACUUUGAAUCCUUCUUCAGUUUGAGCUUGUCAAGCAUGGGUAGCGGAUUUUGUGAGGCUGCUAUUUCGAACUGCGUUGGAACACUAAUUGUGGACUGUGUGGUGAAGCCGGUAGGACGUCAACUUGAUUAUGUCCGUCGCUUUCAUGGCAAUGUUGAAAAGCUCCGAGAGAAAAAGUGUGAUCUUGAAAGUGCACGAGAUCGUCUACAACAUGAGAUUGAGGAUGCUGAAAGGUAGCUUCUACUAAUUCAAAAGGAUGUACAGAACCUGCAAUCAAAGGCAGGCGAAACAGUAUCGGAUAUGGGAACUCUGGAAGGGGAAAUUCAACUGAAUAAGAGGUGGUGUCUCAAUUGGUGUCCUAAUUGGAUUUGGAGAUAUCAAUUAAGUAAGAAAGCAAUGAAGAAAACUCAGGAUAUGUCUGAGCUUUUGGAAGAAUUUGGUCGACUUGGACCAGUCGGUUACCGUGAUCCUACUGCCCUUCCCACUAUAGACUUCUUAUGUUCUAAGGAAUUUGUGGUUUCGGAAUCUUCGAAGGUUGCUUUCAAUCAAAUAAUUGAAGCCUUAAAAGAUGAGAAUAUCAACAUGAUUGGGUUGUGGGGGAUAGGAGGGGUGGGCAAGACCACCCUGGCUCGUGAAGUAGGAAGUCAAGCUACAAAACUGAAUUUGUUUGACAAAGUUGUGAUUACGACUGUGUCUCAAAAGCCUAAUUUUGAAAGAAUUCAAGAUCAAAUUGCACAAUACAUAGGCUUUGAAAUGAAGAAUGAUCAAGGAAGAAGAUCCGAGCAAGAAUUAUGGUUAAGGCUGAAGAAAGAACAGAGGAUUCUCAUCAUCCUUGAUGAUAUUUGGGAACCUAUCAACUUAAAGGAGAAUAUAGGAAUUCCAAUUGGUGAUGACCAUAAGGGCUUCAAAGUUCUUUUAACAACACGCCGUAAACGAGUAUGUCAAAUUAUGGAGUGUCGACCGGUGGUACAACUUGACUGUUUGGAUGAUGAUGAAGCUGGGACUCUGUUUGAAAAGAAAGCAGGUCUAGAUGACUUUUCUGAUGAUUCUAUUAAAAUCCUAGCAAAUCAAAUUGUCAAAAAAUGUGGGGGUUUGCCAAUAGCUAUAGUUCCGCUGGCAAGUGCCUUGAAAGGCAAAACAAAUUGUCAUGAGUGGCAAGUUGCAUACCAGAGACUCGAAGGUCGUAGAUUGACUGAAAUAGAGGAUGUUGAUGAAAGAAAUGCCUUUGUAAUUCUUAAGGCGAGCUUCGAUUACUUGAAGGAUUUGAUGACCAAGACAUGUUUCUUGUUGUGCUCUUUAUUUCCCGAAGAUCAUGAGAUUUAUGUGGAGGACUUGGUAAGAUAUGCAUGGGGACUGAAGUUGUGUAAAUGCAUCAACCCAAUUAAAGAUGUUAGAAGUGAAGUACUUGCAUCAAUUGAGACCCUCAAGAACUCCGGUUUGUUGCUAGAUUGCGGAAAAAGGAAUGUCAAAAUGCAUGACGUGGUUCGCCAAUUUGCUUUGUGGAUAGCAUCUUCAAGAAAGGAGAUUUCUUUUGGGACUAUUGAAACACUCCCGAUGGAUGAAAGUUUCAAGGAUUACACAGCAAUCUCUUUCGAAGCUAACCAAACGGAUGAACUUCCUAAAGGAAUGCGUUUUCCAUAAAUCCAACUUCUUUUACAUGGUGGCAUUCGUUUCAUGGAAACUUCAAGCAAAAUCUUUGAGGGUAUGAAGGCAUUACAAGUUUGUGCUUUGAAUCGUCUGUUGAUAUCUCUGUCUACAUUUCAGUUUCAUAUGAACCUUCAGACUUUGUGUUUGAUUGAUUGUGAA